CCAGCGUAUAAAAGCAAGUGGCACACUCCGAGCCACACACACUCUGAGUGAGGCUCGGCGCAGGCAUCGCACACACAAACAGUAAUCAUGUCCACUGGAGAUAAGCCCAAGACCUCUUCCCAGACUGAUGGGAAGGCUGCUCAGAGCAAGAAGUCUGAGAUGGGAAUGAUGUCCUAUAAGAUGUACGUGUUCGACCAGGAGAACUUCCAGGGUCGCAUGAUCGAGAUCAGCAACGAGUGCAUGAAUGUGUGUGAGAUGGGCAUGGACCGCGUGCGUUCCCUGCGUGUUGAGUGUGGACCCUUUGUGGGCUUUGAGCAGAUGAACUUCUGUGGUGAGAUGUACAUCCUGGAGAAGGGAGAGUAUCCCCGUUGGGACUCCUGGAGCAACUGCCAGAGGAACGACUACCUGCUGUCCUUCAGGCCCGUCAGAAUGGACCCUGAGAAGCACAAGAUCUGCCUGUAUGAGGUGGGAGAGUUCAAGGGCCGCAAGAUGGAGAUCAUGGACGAUGACGUUCCCAGCAUGUUUUCUUACGGCUUCACCGACAGAGUGGGCAGCAUCAUGGUCAGCUGUGGAACCUGGGUGGGAUACCAGUUCCCUGGAUACCGUGGCAGCCAGUACCUGCUGGAGAAGGGUGACUACAGGCACUUCAACGAGUAUGGCGCCCGUCAUCCUCAGUUCCAGUCUGUGAGGCGUAUCCGUGACAUGCAGUGGCACCAAAUGGGUUGCUACACCAUGGCCAGCAAGUGAGGCUCAGGGAAGGAGAGAAAGAGAAAGAGCGGAAGUGAGGGAGAGGGGCGGAG